CGAUAGCUGUGAGCAAGAGAAGCGCGCAUUUAACGCAAGCAAAAAUUGCAGUCAAGGAUUUAGAUUCACACUGAAAGGCGUGAUUUACUGAUUUUCUAUGCCUGCGAAGAAAUGGCUGCUCCCGAGCUGCCCACAGAAUAUGAUGAGAUUGUGCUCGGAACAGGAUUACAAGAGAGCAUCUUGGCAGCUGCUCUAGCAAGAAUUGGUCACAGGGUUCUUCAUCUUGACAGGAAUGAUUACUACAGCGGGGACUGGGCAACAUUCCAUCUGCGCAGUCUAUUGGAGUGGAUCGACAAACACAAGGCUCCAGAAGAAACUGGAGUAUUGCCAGGUGCUUCAGAUGAUCAAGAUGGAGGAGGACCACAUGAUAACAGUCAGCUGGGGGAGGGAGAAAGCUUUCUGGAACUGCCACAGAAUUGUAGAACAGUGACAGGGUUAGAGGCCACAUGCUAUGUGAGAGCAGGUGUGGAGUUGCCCAGCCUUGAGAGGGUAAUUAUACCCCCUCGUUUGUCCACUCCAGAGGAGGAGCCAAAUCUACAGGGGGCAGAGGGGCAGGACCCUUCCCAGAAUGCACCAGAGGCUUAUGCCUCAUCUGCAGGUGCACAAACAGGAGCUGACCAAUCACACUCGGAGGGUGGGGACGAGGAAGCGGAGGCUCUCCAGAACUCGGCCAAUGAGGACCGAGAGUCCUCAAGUUCUGUGUCACCAUCAAUCUCCAUUGACCAACCGGGGACUAAUGAUGUAGCAGCUACAGAGCCAGUGUCAUCUGACCAGGUCGAAGGUCGUAAUUCACAAGGUGAAGGUUCAAGUUCGAGUGAAACCCCCUCAGAAGAGCAAGAACCUGAGCCUGCUGGACAACAGGAGCAGGAUUCACAAGCACAAGGAGAUGAAGGUCAAGGGUCAAGCAGUCAGAGUUCAGCAGAUGAAGGACAACGUGCAAGUGCAACUAGAAGUGAGAGACGAGAUUGGACAUGGGCAGAGAUCAGCCAGUUGUGGAGAAAGUUCAACAUUGACCUAACACCAAAGCUCAUGUUCUGCCGUGGUUCCAUGGUCGAUUUGCUGGUGUCCUCACGAAUCAGCAGAUAUGCAGAAUUCAAAGCAGUCACCAGGAUUCUCACAGUCAUCAAGGACAAACUAGAACUGGUUCCCUGUUCCAGAUCAGAUGUGUUCAGCAGCAAGUACGUGAGUGUGCUGGAGAAACGUAUGCUGAUGCGUCUGAUAGAGUUCUGCCUGAAUUACCAGGAUAGACUCGAAGACUAUGAAGAGUUCCGGGACAGACCCUUUGAGGAUUUCCUGAAGUCCAGGAAACUCACACCAACUCUCCAACACUUUGUGAUGCACUCCAUCGCAAUGGUUUCUGCAGACACUCCGACAGAAGAGGCUCUCAAAUCGAUGCAGUUCUUCCUUCGUUCUCUGGGUCGCUAUGGCAACACAGCCUUCCUCUGGACUCUCUAUGGCAGUGGCGAGCUUCCUCAGUGUUUUUGCAGAAUGUGUGCUGUGUUUGCCGGUAUCUACAUGUUAAGGACCAACCUGAAGACGCUCAUCGUGGAUGAAAACAACGUGUGCAAAGGGGCCAUUGACUCCGAAGGGAGAAGACUGACAUGCAACAACCUGAUCAUGGAAAGUAGCUAUGCCCCACAGCAUGCAACCAACACAACGCUAGGGAGUGUUUCUAGAGGUAUCCUUUUGACAGACCGGUCCCUCAAACCAACAGACAAUGAAGAGAUAACCCUGUUGACUGUUCCGCCCCCUGCUGGUCAGAAUAACCCUGUCAGAGUGUUGGAACUUGGAGCAGGGUCAUGCGCCUGCCCAAGAGAAAUGUUUGUCGUACAUCUCACAUGUGCCGGGACAGGGCAGGCAAAGGCAGAUGUACAAAAUGCCCUGGACAGUUUAUUUCAGCCACUGAACUCAGAGGAAGCUGACCAGUCCAGCACCAAGCCCAAGGUCCUCUGGUCCUUAUUCUUCAGCCAGGUGGACGCUUCAGUGUGUGAGGACUCGGCCCUUGCUGUGGGCCUUCCCAGUAACGUGCUCGUGACUGCUGGACCGGGGACCUCAGUAGGAUUCGGGCAUGCUGUAGCACAGGCUAAGCGGCUGUUUGAGAGACUCUGUCCUGAUGAAGACUUUCUUCCAGCAGCACCGGAGCCCGAAGACAUCAUCUUUGAAGAUCAGUCGAAAGACAACCCAGGAGAACACAAAGAGGUUGGUUUUGAGGCAAACUCGUCUGCUGGAGAAACAGAGAGACCCAAGGGAGAGGAGACGACUGUCACAUCAUCUGAGACGCUAGAGCAGACAGACAGAGCAAGCCAGAAGAAGGAUGUAACAGAGGCAGAAUCAAAUCAGGACAAAUCUGACGACACCACUACCUCAAGCUAGGAAUAAGGUAGUCAAAUCACGCACUGGCGCAAAGUCAUUUCAAAAACAAAAGAGCCAAACAUGGAGGUUUUUUAAAAGAAAAAGAUGUGUAUGAUUUAAUUUGAUUGCCUGUAUCCAGGAGCAAAGUUUGGGAUACUUCAGGAUUGUAAGGACUUGCUGCUAUAUGUGAAGUUCAAAGCCCAGAAUGCUUUGGUAUACUAAGUUUCUGUUACCAAAGAUUUAGGUUUUGUUUUAAUGAGGGGCAAAUUGUCAUGGAAAAAAAUCUAAGCAAUUUUAUACCAGCUACUAAUUAUCAAUGCAGUUUUCACAGAUAGUACUUGUGGAGUAGUUCUGUUUAUUUGAUUAAAAUUGCUUUGCAAAAUUUCAAUGUUGUAUAUGUACAAUAUUUAGCAGCAUAUGUAAAUUGUGAAAUGGCCUUGAAAACUGCAACACUAAAAAGAGGCAGAGAAAUGAUGAAACGAACGGUUAGAUCAGAUUUUCUUUAUUUUUUCUAAAAGUUGCAACAAAUGAUGAAAGGUAUUUGAAAAUGUGCAAUACAUUAUCUGUGUUGGAAGUUACAAUAAUUAUUUCAUUUUCACGAACUUGAGGAAAAAAUCUGAGGUUUGGUUGGCAUUUCUUGAAAUUCUUUUUUAUAUAUAUACCCAUGAAUUACUUUAGGUUAUUCUACUGAAAGCCUUAGUUAUAGUUCAAAUUUAGUUGAUCCAAAUUGUUUCGUUGCUUAAUCACAAGCUCUCAUUUAGUCUGUCUUGCUUUGUAUCAAAUUAAUCCUGAAGUAUCAUUAUAUUCAAAAAUGCACCAGCCUUGUUACACAGUUUUUACCAGGAGUGUAGAAACGUUUUGCUGAAGCUCUCUUUUUUUGGCAUUUUGAAUUCUAUGUGCUGCAUUGUUUUCCUAACCAUUGUUCCCCUUUGAUUGAAUAAUUAACCUGUACAAAAAGGUACUCUAGUUGCUACGUUUUUGUCCCUACUGAGUUUGUCACAGAAGUUGUCCUCUGGGUUCACCCAUAAAUCAUCAAGUCAUCAGAAAUUAUCAUUAAAUCCACUAAUCCUACUGUGCCUUGUUUUAAACAUUUGUCAAAUAUGGCAUAAAACCUCUCAAUCUUUCGUCCCAGCUUCGAGAAGGCUGGAUUGGUGUGCUCCUGCUUUGGCUGUUUAGUGAUGUCUUUUGCUGGCUACUUCUGCUCCUUGACGUUGAUCUGUCAAACCUGCAACAAUCUCACUGUCAACAAUGAACAUGUACUUCUUGAACAGCGAGUUCAUCGUUCUAAGUUGCUAAAAGGGGCCAGCACAGGAACUUCUAAGGCAACCUUCUGUAUCAAACAAUGAUGGUUACCAGUGUUGUUGUUACCAGUGUACUUUUUUCCUGAAGUGAUCUGUAUUUGGUUUUCAAGAAAGAUGCAUUUGAGCAUUUAAAUGUAAUUUUCAAAGCAGUUGGUAGCACUUGUGUACAUGUAUACUUGAAGUAAUUACAGUCACUUUAUAUGACAAAGAAACCCUGAUUUGUAAAAAUGGAAAUUAGAAAAAGAACAUAUAUGUAGAAAGCAGUGUUAUUAUCCUCAAUACCUGGUGGUAGAUCAAUGCAGUUAAAAGUGUCUUUUUUACAGUGAGAAAGUCUUACCAUUGAAACUCUUGUGGAGUAUGAAUCUGUAUGCAUGUGAUGAAACCAUGACAAAGGAGAAGGGAAAAAGGUUGGGAAAAAGGAAGUAUCUUUUCUCUCGAAAGUGGAAAAGAUGCCCUGUAUGAGAAGCCUGGUUCAGAUAGUGACUUUAAAAAGUAUUUGUGAGCAUGAUUGAUAUUGAUCAGUUGUCGAGUUAAGACUUUCAUGAACAAUACCGAAUAAGUAUGUACAUGUACUUGUAAAUGUUCGAUUUGUAUAAGCUGUGAAUGUACUUUGUGUUAACUGUCCUGAAAUUCAACAUGUAAGUGGUGAAAUAUUUCACAAGUGAAAUUUCAUUUCUUCAGUCUCUGAAAUCCUAAGUUUAUUGACCUAAAAAUUACACACACAACCCUUGCAUUAAUAUCUGCCAAGUACACUGACAAUUUUAAAAUCAGCGAAUAUAAUUUCCCCCUUUUUUCUUUCAAAUGAUUACCAUUUAACACAAGAAUAUUCAGCUUAAUCGGCAGGUACAGAAAAUGAAAGCAAUGGGAAUAAUAGACCAUAGCGUAAUGGCGCCAUGCUUUGUUUACAUGUGCACUU